UAUACAACGCUAUCUGGUGAGGGAAACUGAAACUAUCACCGUCUUGCACACAGCUGUUCGUCCUUCGUUAAAACUGCAAACAACAAUUUGCAGAGUUUCCUGAAUUUCGGCAUUAAUUUCGCCGAAAUAACCGCUUUUGGUUGAUGGGCUUCUUGCAACCAAGGCGCUACUGGCUGUCAGUGAUCUUCCCCGCCAUCGUUACCUGGGCAAUUGUAGCUGACCUGCGGCGCACCAGUCGUUACAAGCAGCGCAAACUCAAGCUAGCCGCCGACUACUCUUAAUUAAUAUCAACCAACAUGGUUUUGAGCGUGGUGCCUCGACUGGCCUGGAUGGGUGUGCCCUUUAUUGGCUACUUCAUCGGCAUGAAGAUCGAGCGGAUGGAGACGGAGCGGCUCACGCUGUACAGGGACAAGAGCGCCCUGUACGGCUCCCCAGUGCCUCCUGCCACCCCCACUUGGCCUUGAGCCGCGUCUAACGAUGCUAGUUUGUACAGAUAUAAUUGGAGCUAAUAAAUGUUGGAAAUGAAACAAAUGAAAA